CUGCGCUAGAGUUCUGCUUGUUUCUAUGCCAACCGGAAGCCCCGCCCCCCGGCGCCCCUGUAUGACGUGCGGCGGCCGCUGGUGAUUACGCAGAGACGCGCGGGUGCCGGAGUGGAACAUGGCGGAGUAUCUGGCCUCCAUCUUCGGUACCGAGAAGGACAAAUUGGAGCAUGUCGCCAUGGAGACCGAUGCUCCCGACUUCACAACAAGCCCACCUUCAGUCAGACUAUCGCUCUGCUGAACAUUUACCGGAACCCACAGAAUUCCUCCCAGUCGGCAGAUGGACUUCGCUGUGCUGUGAGCGAUGUGGAGAUGCAGGAACAUUAUGACGAGUUCUUCGAGGAGGUAUUUACAGAGAUGGAGGAGAAGUACGGGGAGGUGGAGGAAAUGAACGUGUGCGACAACUUGGGAGACCACCUGGUGGGGAACGUCUAUGUCAAGUUCCGCCGAGAGGAAGACGCUGAGAAGGCUGUGAAGGAUCUGAACAACCGUUGGUUUAACGGGCAGCCAAUCCACGCCGAGCUGUCCCCCGUCACUGACUUUAGGGAGGCCUGCUGCCGCCAGUAUGAGAUGGGGGAGUGCACGCGCGGGGGGUUCUGCAACUUCAUGCAUCUGAAACCAAUCUCUCGAGAGCUGCGCAGGGAGUUGUACGGCCGCCGAAGGAAGAAAUCCCGGGAACGUCGCUCUCGCUCCAGAGACCGCGGCAGGGGAGGCGGUGGUGGUGGCGGAGGAGGCGGCGGCGGUGGUGGCGGAGGAGGCGGCGGUGGCGGCAGAGACAGGGACCGGAGAAGAUCAAGAGACCGCGAGAGGUCGGGUCGCUUUUGAGCAGGAGUUUUUAAUUCCGUUUCCUGGAAGUUUCCGGGGGCUCCCCGGGGUAUCUGGGACUCAGCGGUUGGGGGAGGGGGGGUGGGGCUUCUAUUUCUUUGUAUUUCUCAGGAUUUAUUUUUUUUUUGUCUUUGCUUUUUGUUUUUGUUUUUUUAAGCCGAGCUUCUGAUUAAACAUUUGUAGUGAUCCAGUA